CAUAGUUUCUCUCAAAAAUCUUUGUUUGAGGAAUCAGAUGGUGACCAAAGAAGAUGAUUGUCUUCCUCCAGCGGCAGAGCCGUCGAGAUGUUGUUCUCCUUCUUCUACGACUCCUCCUGCAGAGCUAGAGACUAUUCGAAGCUUAGAAAUCGUGGAAUCAUCCUUUCUCUCUCCCGUUUGGUUACUAGUGAUCUUUUGCAUCAUUAACUUAUUAAACUACAUGGAUCGAGGUGCGAUAGCAAGCAAUGGUGUUAAUGGAAGUACCAAGAGUUGUAAUGAUAAGGGCAAAUGCAUUCCUGCAACUGGAAUUCAGGGACAUUAUAACCUAAGUAAUUUUGAAGAUGGUGUAUUGUCAUCUUCCUUCAUGGUUGGGCUUCUUAUUGCAUCCCCAGUCUUUGCUUCAUUGGCAAAGAGCUUCAAUCCAUUUAGACUUAUUGGAGUAGGUUUAACUGUUUGGACUGUUGCAGUUGUCGGCUGUGGCAGUUCCUUUGCCUUUUGGUUUAUCGUCUUAUGUCGCAUGUUUGUUGGUGUAGGUGAAGCUUCUUUCAUUAGUCUUGCAGCUCCAUUUAUAGAUGAUAAUGCUCCUCAUAAACAGGUUUCUGUUUUCUCUUUUUUGUUUUGCACUUCAUAUGCACCAUUUCUGACUUCUAAAUGGUUUCUUCAGAAAGCUGCAUGGCUUGGACUGUUUUACAUGUGUAUACCAAGUGGUGUUGCUCUUGGUUAUGUCUAUGGCGGAUACGUCGGAAAACAUUUUAGCUGGCGCUAUGCAUUUUGGGGAGAAGCGGUUUUAAUGGCUCCAUUCGCUGUUCUUGGUUUCUUGAUAAAACCUUUGCAGUUAAAAGGGUUCCCUUCUACUGAUUCAGUUGAAGUAAUGGCUUCAUCACUAGGUGCAGAGGUAUCGAAAAACAACAACCAUCUUCAAGCUGGUAAUGAGAUUAAGCAUGAUGAAGUUGAGGUCUCUAUUGAGAUUGGCAGGUCAAGUUACGCUAACACAGUUUGGAAAUCAAUAACUCAAUUUGCGAGAGACAUGAAAGUCCUAUGCAAAGAAAGGGUCUUUGUUGUUAAUGUCUUAGGUUAUGUAGCAUACAAUUUUGUUAUUGGUGCAUAUUCAUAUUGGGGACCAAAGGCCGGUUAUAACAUUUAUAAAAUGAAAAACGCUGAUAUGAUCUUUGGGGCAGUAACUAUCAUUUGUGGGAUCGUUGGAACAUUAUCAGGUGGCUUAAUACUAGAUCAUGUCACUUCUACAAUUCCAAAUGCUUUCAAGCUCUUAUCCGGAGCAACAUUUAUCGGGGCGACAUGUUGCUUUACUGCAUUCACCUUGAAGAGUUUAUACGGUUUCGUAGCUCUUUUCGCCAUAGGAGAGCUUCUUGUGUUUGCUACACAGGCUCCUGUGAAUUAUGUGUGUUUGCAUUGUGUGGAACCAAGUUUAAGACCACUAUCAAUGGCUAUCUCCACUGUGGCAAUUCACAUAUUUGGCGAUGUUCCAUCUUCGCCACUUGUCGGUAUUGUUCAGGAUCAUAUCGACAGUUGGAGAAAAACAGCGCUGAUUCUUACAUCGGUUCUGUUCUUAGCUGCUGCAAUAUGGUUUAUAGGGAUGUUCAUAAACAUUGUAGAUCGCUUUAACGAAGAAGCUGAAAGUGAGAACCCGAGAAGCAGGCAAGAACAAUCGAUUAUGGUGAUGAAUUCAUAAAUACUUUAGUUCGUGCGUUGUUAUACAGUUACAUAACACUGGUGAAUGGUGAUGAACGAGUACACUUCUCAAAACGCGAUUUAGUUUUACACGUUUUCAAAAAGUGAUUUCACUACUUUUAACUGUGUUCAAGAUGUUGAACAAAAAAAAAAACUGUGUUCAAGAUUUCAAAAUUAAAAGAAUUAGUUUUUAAGCCU